AGCAAAAAAAGUAGAUCAACCGCAUUGUUGUUAAACAGUACCAUAGAAAAGGAAGGAGGUAUAUGUUACCAUCUCAUACUUUCAGUUUCAAUGAUUGCAGCUACAAAGAAGCGAAACUUAUUAAUCAAUGUCAUAUUUUUGUGUGUGUUGACGAAUGUACUUAUUGUCCCAUUUUGAAACGGGGAUAAUAGCUUUCGUUGCUAUAUAUUCCAAACUCAUCAAGUUCAACAUUUGCGGCUGUCAGUCAAUUUUUCUUCCAAUUUGAUAUUUGCAGUUGAGGAAUUUAGAUCUGAUCAUCAUAAUGAUAACUCAUAUUUUUACUGCUGUUGCACCUGUUAAUAUUGCUGUCAUUAAAUACUGGGGCAAAAAAGAUGAAAAGUUGAUCCUGCCUAUUAACGAUUCUGUUAGUGUUACACUUUCAGAAAAAGAGAUGUGUGCAAAAACUACAGUGGCAUGUUCAGAACACUUUGAAUGUCAUCGAAUGUGGUUGAAUGGCAAAGAACAAGACAUUCAAGCUCCACGACUGCAAAACUGCAUUAAAGAAUUAAAGAAAAGGGCUAGAAACUUAAAGGUGACAAACUUACAUAUUCACAUUUGCUCUGAGAAUAAUUUUCCAACUGCUGCUGGCUUAGCUUCAUCUGCUGCUGGUUUUGCAUGCCUUGUUAAGGCUCUUUCUGCCAUGUAUGAUGUUGAGGGUGACUUAUCCCAAAUUGCAAGACAAGGAUCUGGCAGUGCCUCUCGAAGCAUGUAUGGUGGAUUUGUGCAGUGGCAUGCUGGAACUCAAGCUGAUGGAAGUGAUUCUAUUGCUCAGCAAAUAGCACCUAGAGAACACUGGCCUGAAAUGAGAGCUUUAAUUUUAGUUGUUAAUGCUGACAAAAAAGAAAUUGGUAGUACAAAGGGCAUGCAGCAGAGUGUUUUGACAAGUCGUUUACUUCAUUACAGAGUAUCUGAUAUUGUACCCAGUAGAGUGGAAGCAAUAAAAAAGGCUAUAUUGCAAAAGGAUUUUCAAACGUUUGCUGAAAUCACCAUGAAAGAAAGCAACCAGUUUCAUGCUAUAUGUCUCGAUACCUUUCCACCCAUCCAAUACAUGAAUUCAACAUCUUUUAAAAUCAUUCAUUUGAUUCAUGCUUAUAAUGAGUUUUAUUGUGAAAACAAGGUGGCUUACACCUUUGAUGCUGGGCCCAAUGCAUGUUUAUAUUUAUUAGAGAAAGAUGUUGCAGAAGUAAUCAGUAUUGUAAAAACUGUAUUCCCACCUCCAAAUAAUGAUGUGGAAUUUAUCAAAGGACUUGAUAUACCAGAUGUGUCUGUUUCUCAGGCAUUGUUGGAUAAGCUCCAAAUGACUCCAGAAAAAGGUGCAAUACACUAUAUUAUUAGCACUCAGAUUGGCAGUGGUCCUGUUAUUUUACAAGAAACGGAAGAGCAUCUGCUAAAUGAAAAAGGACUCCCACUGUCAAAAUGAUGAAUGGCAUAUUUAUCUUUUCUGGCAUUCUAUUUUGCUGAAAAAUAUUUUUUGAAUAAAAUAUUUAUUCCAAAUAA